CCCCCCCCCAACCUUACCGUGGUUUUGCUUGGAGUCCUGGAGUUCCUUUCUCUUCAGUCGUUUUGGUGUACUCGCUUUUUUUUUUUUUGUUCGCUUUAUGAUUCGGGGCGUUAGCUUCCCCCACGACAUUUCAGGCCUUCUGCUCUCCUCUCUCCAGGCUACCACGAGGAUUUCACUAGAGAACUAUUGGGAAAAAGUAUCAUGGAAGUUCUGCGCCCACAGCUUAUAAGACUUGGUGGACGGAUUUACAGAAAAAAUCCCAUCCAAGAACAGACUUAUCAACAUGAAGAAGAAGAUGAAGACUUCUGUCAAGGCUUCAUGGAGUGUGCAGAAGAGCCCUGUGAUGCCUACGAGGUGGUGCAGACCCAGCAAGGUUUCCGGUGUACCGUGAAGGCCCCCAGCCUGCUCUACAAGCAUAUAGUUGGAAAGAGAGGGGACACUAGGAAGAAACUAGAAGUGGAAACCAAAACUUCUAUUAGCAUUCCUAAGCCUGGACAAGAAGGAGAAAUUGUAAUCACUGGACAGCAUCGAAGUGGUGUUAUUUCAGCCCGAACUCGGAUCGAUGUUCUUUUGCUCACUUUUAGAAGAAAGCAGCCCUUCACUCACUUCCUUGCCUUUUUCCUCAAUGAAGUUGAGGUUCAGGAGCGAUUCCUGAAGUUCCAAGAGGAAGUACUGGAGAAGUGCUCCAUGGAUCAUGGGGUUGAUAGCAGCAUUUUCCAGAAUCCCAGAAAGCUUCACCUAACUAUUGGAAUGUUGGUACUUUUGAGUGAGCAAGAGAUCCAGCAGACGUGUGAGAUGCUACAGCAGUGUAAAGAGGAAUUCAUUGAUGACAUUUCUGGGGGCAAACCCUUAGAGGUAGAGAUGGCAGGGAUAGAAUACAUGAACGAUGAUCCCGGCAUGGUGGAUGUUCUUUAUGCCAAAGUCCAUAUGAAAGACGGCUCCAACAGGCUGCAAGAAUUAGUCGAUCGAGUGCUGGAACGUUUUCAGGCGUCUGGACUAAUAGUGAAAGAGUGGAAUAGUGUGAAACUCCAUGCUACAGUCAUGAACACUCUAUUCAGGAAGGACCCCAAUGCUGAAGGCAGGUACAAUCUCUACACAGCGGAUGGCAAAUACAUCUUCAAGGAAAGAGAAUCAUUUGAUGGCCGAAACAUUUUAAAGGAAACAAACAUGUACAAACUAAGAAAUGAUAGGCUUCACAGAUCAUGUGAACAGAGGAAAGCAGGAUGGUUGGAUUUUAUCUGUCAUGGAAGCCUUGGCUUUGACCUAUUAAAAAAACAAAAUUCAACUGAGUACAUUUAAAGAUCUGAUUGACUUUAUUAAAUGAUUCAUGAAUCCGGCAGCAAUAUAUCCUUGCAGAUAAAAAGGAGCUCCAAGGAGACGUACAAAAUGGAAGGCUUUUAUUGGAAGAAGGGAGUUGGGUGCGAAAAAGCAGUUUCUAGCAAAGAAUGGUUUGUUUCAGGCAAGGUCACCUUCCUUUAGGGUGAAGGCAGGGGUCUGUCAAGCAGAUGACCUCGCCAGUACUUACCAGGUAAUUCCAGAUUGGUGAAAGGUCACAUUCCUGGGAGAGGCUGAAACUGUAGUGAGGUUAGUUAUUAAGUCUUUGCUGGCAUCGGGCUUAGCAUAGGUGACUCCAUUUGGGGCCUGCUUUUAUUUGUUUACUUUUUAACAGAGCAAAAAUGUUUCAUCUUGAUAAUCCACACUUCUGUCUUUACUUGGUGAAAGGAAAGGUUUGUUCACUUUUCUAAAGAUACUGGGAGUAUUCGGUGAAGGAUAGCAGCUGCGUGCACAACAGUUUUCAAAUGUUGUAUUUAUACUUACU